CUCACAAACAUAAUAUUUAAUAAUAUAAGAUAAAGUCUGAAAUGAAAAUAUCCAAAGAAAGGAGUGUUAAGUACUAUACUAAAACUAGUUUGAAAAUUAGGAAAGUGCAAUUAGUGUGAUUACUGAUUACUAAACAUGUUGUUGUGGGGGUGUGCCAAUCAGUUAUCACCACCCCAUCUUGAUCUUAUAGGUGGUCAGUGGUCACCAAGGCUCAUUACUAUUUUGGUCAGUUCUUCCCGCUUAUGUGUAGGAACAAAAUGGCCGUCGAAGCUUCAUCGCCGGCGCCGAGCCAAUCAAGAGGAUCCCCUCGAGAUUCUGGUUUCUCGUCCACGUCUAGAAGCGCAGAUUCCAGAUCUCCAGAUCCGCCUGUCAUCACCAACACCUCCGCCGCAUUAAAUUCGGCUUCCACCUUCCCAUCCGACUUCCGACUCCCAAGCUCUGUCGCCACCGCCGCCCUGUGCAGCUCCCUGUCCAAUUUGCGGCAAUCGCUACCAGAGAGGCCCCAAAUUUACGAUUUCUCUGAAAUCCGAGCUGCCACAAACAAUUUCCUCUCGAAGCGCUACUCCUCCGCCUCCUCUUCCCAAUCGUGGCGGUGCCUUCUUCGCGGCAAAGAAGUCAUCAUAUUCCAGCGAUUAAUCCGGAGAUCCAUGGAGAAAUCGGGACUAACGGCCAAAUUAUCAGUCAUCUGCCGGAGCCAUAACCGGAGUAUAAUCAAGCUCCUAGGCGCGACGAUCUCCGGCAAUCAAAUUUACCUUGUUUACGAAUUCGUUUCUGGAUCCAACCUCGCUCUAUGCCUUCGUAACCCUAGAAACCCUAGCUACACGGUUCUCUCGACAUGGCUGUCGAGAAUGAAAAUCGCUACAGAUUUAGCCCAAGGUUUAGAUUAUACACACAAUAUGACGGGGCAGGGAUCGAGUUUGGUCCACAAACACGUGAAGAGCAGCGGUAUCAUCCUCACCGAGGAUCUGUCAUCGCUCAACGCACGGAUUUGUCAUUUCGGAGCGGCAGAGCUCUGCGGCGAGACAGAGAUCACGGAGGAGCCUCCGGCGACGGGAUCGAGAUCUGAGAAUCGGAACCGGCAGUUCGAAGGCGUGCACGGUUACAUGUCUCCGGAAUUCCAGGUCACUGGCCUCGCGACGAAGAAAUCCGAUGUAUACGCAUUCGGAGUUGUGCUUCUGGAGCUUUUCUCCGGCGAGGAGCCGGUGAAGUUCAAAUAUGACAAGGCGAGUGGGGAGUACUUGAAAAUUUCAGUGGUGGAGACGGCGAAAGAUGCAAUUGGUGGCGAAGAGGCGGAGAAGGGGCUGAGACGGUGGGUGGAUGGGAGGCUGAAGGACUCAUUUCCGGUGACGGUGGCGGAAAAGGUGAUCCGGCUGGCGUUGGAUUGCGUCCACGUGGAGGCAGAUGAGAGGCCCGAUAUGCGCCGCGUUUCAGGAAAAUUAUCGCAUCUCUUUUUGGAGUCGGAGUAUUGGUCUACGCGGGUCCAAGUUCCCACCCAAAUAUCCGUGUCUUUAGCACCCCGUUGAAAUGUUGUUAUGCUCUCUCUCUAGCCUCUGCCCCAUGUAAACUGUCUCGUUACUCCGUAUUUUUGAAAAUUAUUCUCUAAUUUUAUGAUAUUAUAUCAAUGAUUUUUAAUUUUUAAAAAUUAUUCUAUAAUUAGUCUUUCAUGGACUAUAUGUGAAAAAAUUAAUUUUGUCAUAUUUGGCCUAAAAACUAUUCAUUGAAUAAUUUUAAAAAAUUGAGGACCAUUUA